AUGGAAGGCAAAAGAGUGAUUUUAAGUGUGUUCAUAAUGAGUCUUUUCAUGUCCCAAAUUCAAGUCGAAGCAUGGACUUGUUGCCCAACCGAUGCUGCUAGAGAUAUGUAUUUUGAAUGCGCUUACUCUGGAAAAGACCCGACAGAUUGUGCAUUACUCAGUGAUUGCCAGCUCGAUAUUUGGGAUGACUGCCCUCCCGGCUAUGAUCAUGGCAUUCUUGAAAACUCCGGUGACGCUGUCAAAGAAUAUUGCAAGUUGGGGUGUGAAUCCUCUGUUUGUGGUGCCAUGACCGCUCUCAAGAACUUUGACGCAAGAAAAAUUGUCAAUGGAGCGAUUGAAAAAUGCCUCAAGGCAUGUUCUACUCUCUGCACCAAAGGUUCUAUGACUGCAUGA